CGAGGUCGAUGUAUAAAAAAAUAAUAUUUCUCAAUUUUUGUGCCAAUAAAACGCGGCUAUUAGCCAGGAAAGUAGCCAUAGAAGAGGCAUCAGUGAUGACUAACGGUGCGUAUUCGCCUGAUAGAACCAUGAGUUGCAAAAAGGUUGUUCCAUUGUAAUACUAUUACAUAUAUAUUUACAUUAUUCGUUUUUCUUUAUUUUACCUUUGUGCUUGAUUACAUUGAAGGAACCAUUCAUUCUGGAGAUGACGGAAUAUCUCCGUGAUUCUCGCUAAAAUUAUCGGCGUUGAACGGGCAUUGAUUUUUCCUUAUGUUGUCAAAACCUUAUUUUGGUUUCUAGCUCACACCAUUGUUUUUUUAAGUUAGACAAUACUAUUUUUGUUCCUCAACUGUUAAAUAUUAAAUUUGUGUGGUUUCCUUCUUCUCUGGAGCGCCCCGGUAGGUGCACAUGAAAUAUUUAUAAUUACUCGUAUAUACCUAUUAACUGCAUUUGACACCAUGGAAGCAUAGAUUAAUUUUCGUAACUAGCAAACUCAACCAAAAUACACUACACACAGUGGGUUGAAGAUAUUUCUAAUCUUAUAGGGAAUAUUAAAUAUUUUCUAGAAGCAAUUCUGGCAGCCAUACAAGGAGUGUUUGAAUUUGUAAAAGAGUGUCAUCAGGACUGACGGGCUUCUUCGCUAAACUACUAUCAAGCAUUGGAAACAUCAACAAUUCAAUAAGAUUUUGAAUGAAGACCAUACUCACCCAUCCUUUCCAAACAAAUUGAAUGAUUUCUGCGCGGAAUCGUCUGGCGAUAUUUUGGAACUAUAACUUAAAAUGCAUUUUCCCCGCUAGCGAGAAAAACUGUGGACAAAGACAAUUAGGGACAGCAAUAGGACCAAAAUCCAGAAUCCAGACCAGAAUCUAAAAAGACGCGUGUUUAGGCACUACAUGGGCUAAACGUUCUUGCCCAAGGGUUGCCCUCAACAUAUUCCUGUACCUCUUUCCACUCGGUCUCCAUAUCAAAUACAUUGCAUCAUGCAACGCUGUUAGUUUUCAGGAACUAUGAUACUGGAGAAUGGAGCUUUGCGACCAUAGCAGCAUCUUGGUUAUGCUACCUUUGACUUGGUCAUCAUUACCGAACUGCGGGAUAAGUAGGUUGGGCUUCAGGAAAAAGCUCGCUACGGGCCUCUCAACCAGGACGAAGUGGAACUGUAGCGAUGUGCUGAAAGGCGCUGAUGCUUUUUUUUAUUGAUAGAUGAAAAAUAGGGUGUGGAGUUAGAGCGCCUUCAAACUGGCGUGUUGCUCAAAGUUUCCUCUGAGCUUCCGAAUACAGAUAUAUAGAGGAGAACGAGUUAGCCAGAGGAUCAUUUAAAUUAGCAGCUAUGGUCUGGGGCGUUGUGGCAUAAAAACGGUGCCCCGCAGUGCUAAUUGAACAACCAUCGUUGCCUACCUACUCCCUUUUCAACGAACCUAGAAAGAGCAGUACAAUGGAGGCCGGUGGUAUUUGAACGUAAUCUAGAAAGGUUUUGAUGUUUUUGUGAUUUUAUUUUUUUAUAUUAUUUGCUCCCAAUGUAUCAAGAAUUUUAGCUUUCUGUGUUUCAAGCAUCUUUUCCGUUCCGAGUGCUGUAGAGAAAAAAAUAUGAUUAUUAUUAAAGUUUUAUCGGGUAUGAUAACGUAUGUGGAGAACCGAAGUUUAUUGAGAUUUGGAGAAAGGCUUUGAGGGGCUUUUUUUUUGUUCCAGAGGUCAAGGACUUCAUUGUGCCCAGGGCUCAACUGAACGUGGACUCUCUCAAAGUGGGAGUUAUCAACAAUGCGGAUUUGUCUUUAACUUGAGGUGUAAUACCUUUGUACCUUCCUAUGUGUGUGCAUCAGUGCGAGCUCUUAUCAGUGUCGGGUUGGAUGGUCUGUGUCGCAAAAACCCCUACUGAUUUUCAGGAACCUCAUAGCAAAGCCGCGAAAAGAUCGCAUCAAAAAAGAUGGCGCAGAAAUUGUCGUUACACCUCCAAUACAAAUCGGAAAUGAUAUUUUGAAUAUUGAAGCGAUGCGUUUUCAAUUAAAGACUCAGUUCGAUAAGAACGUUGUCACACAUUACCAAAAUCAGGAGCAAAUUUUCGAUUAUAUUUUCACGCGUUUGGGUAUCAAUGCCGAUGCUUGUGUACCACAUCCAGUUGUUCUUACAGAGUGCUAUGUGAAUCCGAAUUAUUGUCGUCAGUUAAUGUCAGAACUUCUGUUUGAGUGUUAUGACGUCCCAUCAGUGUGUUACGGUGUUGACUCGAUCUACAGUUUUCAGCAUAAUCAAAUUGGAGUAAACGGUCUAAUAAUUUCGUGCGGUUAUCAUACAACUCACAUCAUUCCCGUUUUGAAUAAUGUCCAAAUCGCUUCAAAAGCACGAAGAAUAAACCUUGGCGGAUUUCACAUGAUCAAUUUUCUCCAUCGACUUCUACAGUUGAAAUAUCCUGUGCAUGUGAACGCGAUUACAAUAAGCCGCAUCGAAGAAUUACUUCACAAUUACUGCUCAAUUUCUUUUGACUACAUGGCUGAUCUGAAAAAGUGGGCAUUCCUUGAGUUUUAUGAGGAGAAUGUGAAGAAAAUUCAGCUACCAUACAAUACUCCUGCCACAUCAACAAGCACAUUAACUGCUGAACAGAAAAUUGAAAAGAAAAAAGAACUUGCCAGACGUUUGACGGAAAUUAAUGCGCGAAAGCGAGAAGAACGGUUGGCUGAUGACGAAGACCAGCUUCAGAGAAUGUUGGCGAUUAGGGAACUUUUGGAAGAAGGCGAAAUCGAUGAAUUCAAUGCAACUUUGAAGGAGAAUGAUAUAGCGAAUGUCGAAGAGCUUGAUAAAUUGCUAUCUAAUGUAAAAUCUCGGAUUGAACGAACUAGACAAAAAAUGACUGCUAAUGAGUCUACUUCGACCGCAAUUAUCGAAGAAAAAAUUGCACCAGCUCCUUUGCCACCGGCAGAUAUGUCCGUAGAAGAAUGGGUUAACCAGAUAAAAUUAAAUCGGAAUGCAAUUAUUGAAAGGAAGCAAAGCCGACGUCAGCGUCGACAAGAUUUAGCCAAACGAAGAACAGCUGCCGCACAAGAGCGAAUGCGAAUAAUUUCACAACUAGCCAGAAAAGAGAAGGGGUCUGACAAUUUCGGAAUGCGCGAUGAAGAUUGGGACAUAUAUAAAGCGAUUAGCAAAGAAAACGGCGACAGCGAUAGCGAGAUGGAAAAUGAAAAGUUGAUUGAAUAUGAAGACAUUUUACGGCAUCAUGAUCCAAUGUUUGAAGAGCCUGCGGUCGUUGUUAGUGGUGCGGCAGAAUCACAUCAGUUACAUGUUGGUGUCGAGGCGAUUCGAGCCCCUGAACUGCUAUUUCAACCAAGUAUGAUUGGAAGCUCAGAAGCAGGUCUAGCCGAGACAAUAGACUUUAUUUUUAAAAUGUUUACUGCCGAGGAACAAUUGCUGCUUGCUACAAAUGUCUUUCUAACCGGCGGAUGUGCUCGUUUUCCAGGCCUCAAAGAACGUCUCUCCAAGGAACUUUUGGAGAUGCGACCAUUCCAAACCCCACACAAAGUGUACAUGGCAGACUCACCUUCUUUAGAUGCGUGGUUUGGGGCUCGCGAUUUUGCCAACUCUUCAAAUUUACCUGACUAUCUGGUAACUAAAAGUGAGUACUUAGAAAAAGGCGGAGAAUAUCUUAAGGAACAUGCAGCCAGUAAUUACCAUUUCCCAACACCUAGUCCAAUUGUGACAGAGACUGUAGAGAAAACAGAAUCCUUGACAUAAUAAACAUACAAUGCAAAGGAAAAAACUAUUUGUUUCUU